AUGAGCAUACCUCGAACUCAUUCUCGUUCAGGAUCACGAGCUAACGAACUGAGCCAUAGCAUGAAAUCAAAAUCCCAAUCAAACAAAACCACUUUUGACUGUGCAGGCACUUCAUUUACUGUUGAUUCCCACUAUCAGUUCAUAAAACAGAUUGGCCAUGGAGCAUAUGGCGUUGUAGUAAGUGCAUUGGAUAAACGCACAAAUACAAAAGUCGCAAUUAAAAAAAUCCCAAAAGCUUUUGAAGACCUUAUCGACGCUAAAAGAAUAUUACGAGAAAUUAAGCUACUUAACUAUUUGGAUCACGAAAACAUCAUUUCGAUACUUGAUGUUCAAAAACCUCCAGCUCGAACUGGGUAUGAAGACAUCUAUAUUAUUACUGAUUUGAUGGAGACUGAUUUGCAUCGUGUUAUAUACUCUAUGCAGGAGCUCAGUGAUGAGCACAUCCAGUAUUUCAUGUAUCAAAUGCUAAGAGGGCUACUUUAUAUGCACUCAGGAGGGGUAAUCCAUAGAGACUUAAAACCAAGCAAUUUAUUGCUAAAUAAGAACUGUGACCUCAAAAUAUGUGAUUUGGGCCUUGCUAGAGGCUAUGACAAUGAGAGAGACGAUAAUUUGACUGAAUAUGUAGUCACAAGGUGGUAUAGGGCUCCAGAAGUCAUUUUAAAUGCUAGUCACUAUACGAAAGCAUUAGAUGUAUGAAGUGUUGGAUGUGUUUUUGCAGAGCUUUUAGGAAGAUCUCCUUUAUUUCCUGGAGAAGAUUACUUAGAUCAAGUCCAAAGGAUUAUUGCAGUAUUAGGAAUCCCAAGCCAAGAAGAUAUGGCUUUUAUAGGAAAUGAGUCAGCUAAAAGAUUUAUUAAAGGCUUGCCAAAGAGACAAAGAGUCCCGUGGUCUACUUUAUAUGCCAAAGCAAAUCCAAUAGCCUUAGAUUUGCUUAAUAAAAUGCUGGUUUUCAACCCAAAUAAGAGAUUUACAGUCGAAGAGUGCUUAAGUCACCCAUACUUUGAAGGUCUUCAUAAUUCAGAAGAGGAGCCAACUGCUCCAGUUCAAUUUGAUUGGUCAUUCGAUGAUUUUACUCCUACCAAGCCUUUGCUGCAAAGUAUGGUCUAUGAGGAGUCUUUGAAAUAUCAUCCUCUGUAG